AUGUCAUCAAGCCUGUCAUGCAGGUUCCGAGUCGUGCAGCUCUCGGCUCUGCUCGAGCUCGGCGCUUUGACGUGGCAUGCAUUCAUCUUGUCCGAAGAAACGCAACAAACCAAGGCUGUCAGACUCGGUGUUAUGAUCGACAUCGUGGGCUGUAUCGCAGCCAUCGUGCGGGCAUCCUUAGUGCCUCUAGUGCUGUUUUUUCAACCAGGUCGCGCGCAGGACGGACAUCGCGUCAGCGAGACGUCGUCCUUUGGCCAGGUGAUCUUUGGAGUGCUUGCCAGCCUCGUGCCAUUUUCCAUCUUGUACCUCGUGUCCUUCCUCAUGCUCGUAGUUGAUAAACAUCUUCGGCCACCUGCUCUGUUGGCACCGUUGUCCUCGCCGUCCGCGUUUGGAUUGCAUUUCGUGAGCUGCAGGCCACGGACUUCGCAGAGCCCCACCGGGGCGCAUCGCGCGAGUUGA